GUGGCUGUGAGAAUAUGCUCUGCGACCGUCCAUGAACCGAUGAGCUGUUCGUUCCCUGGCUGGUCGAACCCCAGGCUGCGAUUGAUGUCCCCACACGCCGAAGCAACCGCUACAGGGACGGGCCACGGACACUCACGCGGCCCGGCUGACCAUGAGCGAGCCUGGCGAGACCGACGCCGGCGCCGGCGUAGGAGUCAGCAGUGGCCCGAGCGACCAGGCGGCCGUCAGUGCGUCGACUGCGAAGCGCUACGCCGCUCUGCUGGCCGCAGUCUCGUGUGGCGUCGCCAUUUUGGUGUGGUUAUUCGUACGCCUUGCGUCCGAGGCAGAUGCCGGCUACUGCGGCUCAUCCGAGUGCGACCGCUAUGCAGUCAUGCUGCACAACAGCUCUGCCCCAGCCGCCGAUCCGUGCGAGGACUUCUACGAGUACGUGUGCGCCCGAUGGUCGGGCUUUCACGAUUCCGUUCAGACGCCUUGGAAGCCGACAACGAGAACCUCCUUCAUUGAGGUCGUCGCAGAUGCUUUUACCAUCUCUAUUAUUCAUGCCGAGUUCCUCUCAGGGUUCUUUUGAUCAUUGGGACAAAAAGGAAGUCCGGCAGUGCCA